AUGAUGAAGUACAUUCCGUGUUUGCUGAUUUCUUUAAUUAUUGGCAGCCAACUUUUCUAUGGACUGGCCCUUCUACUGGACCCUAAUUGUGGCAAAAGACAAUUUCAAUGGCGCAUAAUACACGGAGUUAAUGCUGAAUUAAACUCAACGCCAUGGAUGGUUUUUCUACACAAUUAUUUACAAUUCUUGUGCGGCGGUUCACUUAUCACGAGAGAAUUUGUGCUCACCGCUGCUCACUGUGUGAUGCCCAUUCCCAAAAACUUAACGGCUCGCCUGGGAGAGUAUGAUUGGAGACGUGAAAUUGAUUGUAAAAAUGAACAUACAUGUGCCCCAAAAUACGAGGAAUACAUGGUCAGUAGGAUAUAUACGCAUGCCAGUUACAGAUCGGCUGGUGCCUAUGAUAUAGCGUUGCUAAAACUGCAUCAGCCAGUUGAAUAUACAGAUGCCAUACGUCCAAUAUGCUUGGUAACGUAUAAUUAUGACAACCAAUGGUAUUCGAUUGUGAAUUCCGCAAAAGAAUUCAAUGUGACUGGCUGGGGUGCGACGCAAACUGAACCUGUAAGCCACAUACUCCAAACCGCCAGACUCACCCAAAUCGAUCGUGAAGUCUGCCACGACCAGCACAGAUUUUCCGUCGAUCAUACCCACAUCUGUGCCGGGAAUAGCAACUCCUUUCCCUGCAUCGGUGACUCAGGCAGCCCCCUAGGGAUGGAGGUGCAACUUAAUGGAAGAAACGUCUACGCUCAAGUGGGACUUGUCAGCCGUGGAGACAAGUCUUGCGAUGGAGUUACCGUCUUCACCAAUAUUUUGAGCUUCACCGAGUGGAUUGCCAACACCAUUUCCUACGACGGGAAGUACAUGUCUUAACCAAAAGCAAGGAGCAGUGCAAAAAUUAAUAUUGAAAAAACUAAAAAACUAGUUGUGUAUAACCAAAGAUAUUAAAAUAAUAAUCUAGAAUAUAUUAUUCUAAUAUAUUUGCUAUGAGGGUUUUGAUGGAUCCUGAAAUUCAAAUGUAUUUCGUAGUUAAGAUUGAAAUAAUGGCUAAGCAUAUAUUCUGCAAGUAGCCAACAAUGGCUUUCUGUGUUAUUUCAAUAAAUUUAUCAAAGCUAUAACCUUA